GUCGGCCUGUCUUUUGAAAAUGAGACGUAAAACAGUGUCUUUGCCGUUUUGCGGAUCUCUCUUUCUUCGUUUGGUUUAUACCAUCAUGUCCAAGUGUCUGUAGAGGAGAUAGUUACCAGCUAAGUGGCGGUGCACUUAGCUGAUGACGUGACUGGAGUACUUCAAUUAGAGGGGUUCCAAACGAGUAACUUUUGUUAAGUAGCCGCCGCUUUCCGGACUUAGGCGCUUGUAAUUUGCAGAUGUAGAAAUGGCUAAAGGGGAAUACAAGCCAGUGUUCACCAGUGAACAAAAGGAAAAUGUCAGCUUAGUGUCUCUCCUGUUUUUUCGUUGGAUGAACGGUGUCUUCCAAUCAGGUUCUCAUGGAACUUUAGAAGAAACCGACUUUGUUCCCCUCUCAAGAGAAAACACAACAGGCUCUUUGACAGAUCUUCUGGAAUCAAAAUGGAAUGAAGAGAAAGCCAAUUGCAAAGAGAAUGGGAAAAGGCCAAAACUUUGGAGAAGCAUCUUGAAGAUGGUGUCUUUCAAAGAUACAUUCAUCAUAGUAAUUGAUCAUUCAAUGUACACAGUCUGGCGCCUUAUUAAGCCUUUGUUUCUCGGUUAUCUUAUUUUCUCAUUGAUGUCAGCUGAACCACAGAAAAAUCUGUCUCUGUACGGUUGUGUGUUGGCUAUGUGCAUCUGUGCGACGAUUGGGGGACUCAGUGUUCAUUACUCUUCCUACAAAUGUGAUACUCUUGGUAUUGGAAUGAGCAGCGCUCUGAAAGGUCUCAUAUACCGAAAGACACUACUACUCGGCAAACAGGAAUUACUGAGAUUUUCAACAGGCCGCGUGAUUGACCUGGUAUCUAACGAUGUUCAGCGACUGGAAGGAGAAACUGUCAAAUUCUUGUACUUUAUGGUAUUAGAUUUCUUUCUAGUCGGAGGUGCAACAGUAUUACUUGUGUAUUUCAUUGGUUGGCAGACUCUUCUUGGUGUUGUUUUCCUGUGUUUGCUCGUACCAUAUUUUGGGAUGCUGUCCUAUGUUAGUGCUGCGCUGCGCCUGCGUACAGCAGCUGUUUCUGAUCAGCGUAUUUCCUUGAUGAACCAGGUGGUUUCUGGGAUUCGCGCCAUAAAAACGCACGCAUGGGAGGAUGAGUACCAGGACAUGAUAAAGCACCUUCGAAGCGAGGAAAUGAGUAUCAUUCGAAAGAAGAGUGCUGUUCUAGCAGGGGUUGCUGCCUUACAGUACACUUCAGUGCCAUUGGCAGUUCUGGUGGUAGUCAUUACAAUGGUGCUAACUGGUCGACCAAUCACACCUGUUAAUCUCUUCAUGCUUCUUCCUUAUAUCAAUACACUAAUAACAAGUAUUUGCUAUUACCAAGCCUAUGGUUCCCUGGAAACAUACGAAGCUUAUGCGUCACUUCAAAGAAUCGAAGAGUUUCUGCUUUUAGAUGAGUUGCACGGGAUCUCUGAUGGUAACUUGAUAAAGGAAACAUCGAGAUCGAACAGACUCUCAGAUAAACAGAGAAAAUCGGACAAAGCCUCCACCGUUGACGAGAAAGAACCUGGGAAGGAGUCUCUUCUUGUGUCAGGUCUUUCGUGUUCCCAAAGUGAUCAGGGGGAAGAGUUUUCUCUGCAGGAUGUAGAAUUCACUGCAGCGCCAAAAAGUUUAACAAUCAUCACAGGACCCGUGGGAAGUGGAAAAUCUACUCUUCUGUUAGCUAUGGCUGGCGAAAUUUCAGAUAUCAGCGGUGAUAUAACUUUUCAAGGUUCACUUGCAUAUAUUUCCCAAACACCAUGGGUCUUCUCUGGAACCAUUAGACAAAACAUUUUAUUCGGUCUACCUUACGACGAAACCAAAUACUCCAAAAUUAUUGAGGCAUGUUCUCUUACAGAAGAUUUCCAGAUGUUUCCAAACGGUGACCAUACAGUUGUAGGUGAGCGGGGCGCCGUUUUGAGUGGAGGUCAACGUGCAAGAGUGAGCUUGGCUAGAGCAGUAUACAUGGAUGCAGACCUGUACUUGUUGGAUGACCCUCUCAGUGCCGUGGACAUAAAAGUUGGACAACACAUUUUUGAAAGCUGCUUUCUAGACCCACUAGUCUUGGGUAACAAAACACGAGUAUUGUCAACUCAUCAAGAGGAACAUAUGAAAGUUGCUGAUGAAGUAAUUAUAUUACAAAAGGGUCAGGUGUUGGAAAAGGGAAGUUACAUUGAGCUCCAGAAAAAGGGCAGUCUUGCCACAGUUCUUGAUCCGCUACACAUAAAGUCCAACAGAGACAGCGAGUCGGAGUUGAGCUCAGUUUCGAAGGACAAAGAGAAACCAGAUGUCAUGGACAAAAGUGCGACAAAAGGAAAACAUAUCAAGGACCUCGUUAUUUCGGAGGAAGAUCGCACAAUCGGAGAAGUGACUUUAAAGACUUACUGGGAAUAUUUCAGAAGCGGAUUGCACUCGUUAGCAAUAUUUUCUUUAUUUCUUUUAUGUGUGAUUACUCAAGGGAUGAUCGUUGCUCCUGACGUAUGGCUUUCAUUUUUUUCAAAGAAACGUCUCGAAAAUCAGAGGAAGAACAUAAGCUUAAUAUCGUAUAGCAGUCUAGUGAUUGGAUCCUUCAUAUUUGCCUUUAUCAGAGCAUAUGGAUUUCUCUUGGCGUCUUUAAGAUGUUCGGAGCGGCUUCAUGAUGAAAUGGUCGCAGCGGUAUUAAAGGCGCCAGUUUUGUUCUUUGAUUCAAAUCCAGUUGGAAGAAUUCUCAAUCGAUUUUCCAAGGAUGUUGGCUGCCUGGACGAGUUGUUACCCGACACGUUUCUUCUCUCAGUCCAAGUUUUCCUGCUGCUACUUUCAUCCGUUUUGGUACCAAUUGUCACAAACCCUUGGGUUCUAUUUGUCGUUUGUCCACUGGCUGUAGUCGUUUUCUACAUCUCUAGUUAUUACCUGAAGACAUCACGACAGCUCAAAAGGUUAGAGUCAAUAUGCCGAAGUCCUGUGUAUUCACACAUUUCGGAGACCUUGGAUGGACUUGAGACAAUUCGAACGGGAAGACGACAAAAAGAUUUUCAAGAACAGUUUUACAGAUUUCAAGAUGUCCAUACUCAGUCGUAUAUCAUGGUGUUGGCCAGUGGGAGAUGGCUUUCUGUGCGCAUUGAACUUCUUUCUUCCUUAUUGACUGGUGUUGUGGCUUUAGCAGCUAUUUUAGUUUCCCAAGAUGCAGCUUUCGCUGGACUUGCUCUUGUAUACGUUAUCGAGACUGUGGAACAAGCUCAGUUUGUUGUCAGAAAAACAUCGGAUGUCGAGAAUUCAAUGACGUCAGUUGAACGUGUUUUGACAUAUACGAAACUUGAUUGCGAACCUGGGUACAAAGUGCUGCGUCCUCCCCCAGAAAACUGGCCCCUAGAAGGAGGUGUGACAUUUGAAAAUGUGUCCUUGACAUACUAUCCAGGGGGACCGCAAGUACUAAGAAACAUAAAUCUUAAAUUAAAAGGAGGGUCCAAGUUUGGCGUUGCAGGAAGAACGGGAGCCGGAAAAUCAUCCCUGGUGGCAGCUUUUCUGCGCAUGCCAGACGCGGAUGGGAAUGUCAUUAUUGACGGUGUUCCAAUAAAGGAGAUCAACCUCCAAGAAGCUCGACGAUGUAUAUCUGUACUUGGCCAAAGUCCAGUUCUUUUCAGUGGAUCGCUGAGAAGAAAUCUUGAUCUGGUGGAUCAGUUUCAAGAUUUAGAGCUGUGGAAAGCCUUGGAAGAUGUCCAACUAAAAAGGUUGGUGGAAAAUCUGGAAGGACAGCUGCAUCAUGAGUUAUUAGAACACGGUGCAAAUUUUAGCGCCGGAGAACGGCAGUUAAUUUGUUUGGCCCGUGUUCUUUUGCAGCAAAAAAAGGUUAUCAUCUUAGAUGAACCCACUGCACACGUGGAUCCAGAAACAGAACAAGUAAUCUGGAGAGUCGUGCGAGAGAAACUGAAGAACUCUACAGUAAUAACUAUUGCUCAUCGACUGAACACCAUUAAAGACUGUGACAUGAUUUUGGUAAUGAAAAAUGGCGAGAUUGAUAGAUUCGACAGCUUUGACUCUUUAGUGAGCAGUGAGGAUCUCUAAGUACCUUGAAACAACAUAGUUAAUAUAUACUUGCUAUGUCUAAUAGACGGUGCCUAUCUUAAAUGCAAAUCACAAGAUGGUUAGUUGGGAAAACAUGUUUCUUAUUCGAAGAUUAUAGGUACUUUGCGAAAUUGGGAAAGCAAUAUUUCUCUAAAUAAUAGUUGUUUGCGGACAGUAAUGUGACUAACUAUCGUACUUAUUAUACGAGUCUACGUACUGCUUUCAACAGUGACAUUUCUGGACAAAAUAGCAUCUUUUUUUAUCAGUUUUUUACAAAGUAAAAACUCCCUUAAUGUUAAGUAGCCAGAGUGUAAGGAGCAAUGAUUUUUCCAGAACGGUCAGGUGGAGUGUUUGCAUACUACUCAGAUGCACCUCAAGCAUUGCAAAAAAUUAUUUUUCUUUUAUAGGCAGGAAUUAGACUCAAAGAUUCGCAAUAAACUUACGCCAAUGUUCUGA